UCACGAUGAGUUACUGGAGUCUGGACAAGAAGAGCUGCCUGCAGUACUGCCGGCACUUCCUGGCGGACAACGGCGCGUUCCACGUUGAAAGAUGCAUGAGUGUGAUGCAGUCUGGGACGCAGAUGGUGAAGCUCAAGAGUGGGACCAAGGGGCUGGUCCGUCUCUUCUACCUGGACGAGCACAGGACCUGCAUCCGCUGGAGGCCCUCCCGGAAGAGCGAGAAGGCAAAAAUUGUCAUCGACUCCAUUUACAAAGUCAGCGAGGGCCGCCAGUCGGAGAUCUUCCACCGCCACGCCGAGGGCAGCUUUGACCCCAGCUGCUGCUUCACCAUUUACCACGGCAGCCACCUGGAGAGCCUGGACCUCAUCACGUCCAACCCCGAGGAGGCUCGCACCUGGAUCACGGGGCUCAAAUACCUCCUGGCCGGGAUCAGCGACGAGGACUCGCUGGCCAAGCGCCAGAGGACACACGAGCACUGGGUGAAGCAGACCUUCGAGGAGGCUGACAAGAACGGGGAUGGGCUGCUCAACAUCGAGGAGAUCCACCAGCUGAUGCACAAGCUGAACGUGAGCCUGCCCCGCAGGAAGGUCCGCCAGAUGUUCCAGGAGGCAGACACAGAUGAGAACCAAGGAACCCUGAACUUUGAGGAAUUCUCAGUGUUUUACAAGAUGAUGUCCUUGCGUCGGGACCUCUACCUGCUGCUCCUGAGCUACAGUGACAAGAAGGAUCAUCUCACUGUUGAGGAGCUGGCUCAGUUCCUGAGGGUGGAGCAGAAGAUGAAUAAUGUGACACCAGAAUAUUGUCUGGACAUCAUACAGAAGUUUGAAGUGUCAGAAGAAAACAAGAAGCAAAACGUUCUUGGGAUUGAAGGCUUCACCAGCUUCAUGCGCAGCCCGGCCUGCGAGGUGUCCAACCCCCUGCACCGCCAGGUGCACCAGGACAUGGAGCAGCCCCUGUGCCAUUACUUCAUCGCCUCGUCCCACAACACCUACCUGAGCGGGGACCAGCUGCUGUCCCAGUCCCGGGCUGACAUGUACGCACGGGUGCUGCAGGCCGGCUGCCGCUGCGUCGAAGUGGAUUGCUGGGAUGGCCCAGAUGGGGAGCCAGUGGUGCACCAUGGCUACACCCUGACCUCCAAAAUCCUCUUCAGGGACGUGGCAGAAACCAUCAAUAAAUAUGCCUUCAUCAAAAACGAGUUUCCAGUGAUACUGUCCAUCGAAAACCACUGCAGUAUUCAACAGCAAAAGAAGAUUGCCCAGUACCUGAAGGAGAUAUUUGGUGACAAACUGGACUUGUCAUCUGUGAACACUGGAGAUCCCAGACAGCUUCCCAGCCCUCAGGAUUUAAAAGGGAAAAUCCUAGUGAAGGGUAAGAAGUUGCCCUGCAGCCUUGGAGCAGAUGCUGAGGAAGGAGAAGUUUCAGAAGAGGACAGUGCUGAUGAAAUUGAGGAUGACUGCAAGUUGAAGCCCUGCUUUAGCAACGGAGCAACUCAGCACCAAGUGGAAUCUUUUAUACGAACAAAACUGGAAUCUCUGCUAAAAGAAUCCCAGAUCAGGGACAAAGAGGAUCCUGACAGCUUCACUGUGAGAGCCCUGCUGAAGGCAACCCACCAGAGUUUCAGUGUGAACCUGAGGCAGAACCUGGACACAAAAGAAGGUGGAAAAAAGUCUCAUGGUCGAUCAUUAAUGGGCAACUUUGGCAAACACAAGAAAGCUGCAAAGGCAGCAGCCAAAGCCCCCAGUGCCUCGGAUGACGAGGACAGCCAGCAGCACCCUCCUGGCAAGGAGCUGGGACCCCCCCACAGCAGGCUUGCCCGCCGCAGGAAGACAGUGAAGCUGUGCCGGGCCCUGUCUGACCUGGUGGUGUACACCAACUCUGUGGCUGCCCAGGACAUCGUGGAUGAUGGCUCCACAGGGAACGUGCUGUCCUUCAGUGAGACCAGAGCCCACCAGGCAGUGCAGCAGAAGGCUGAGCAGUUCAUGCUCUACAACCAGAGGCAGCUGACCAGGGUCUAUCCCUCAGCCUAUAGGAUCGACUCCAGCAACUUCAACCCUGUUCCUUACUGGAAUGUGGGCUGCCAGCUAGUGGCCCUCAACUACCAGUCUGAGGGACGUGUGAUGCAGUUAAAUGAAGCAAAAUUCAGGGUAAAUGGCAACUGUGGUUAUGUCCUCAAACCUCAGCAGAUGUGCAAAGGCACAUUCAACCCCUAUUCUGCUGAUCCACUUCCUGCCAGUCCCAAGAAGCAGCUCAUUCUGAAGAUCAUCAGUGGGCAGCAGCUGCCCAAGCCUCCUGACUCAAUGCUGGGGGACAGAGGAGAGAUAAUAGAUCCCUUUGUUGAGGUGGAGAUUAUUGGGUUACCUGUUGACUGCUGUAAGGAUCAGACCAGGGUGGUGGAUGACAAUGGGUUCAACCCAGUGUGGGAGGAGACCCUCACCUUCACCAUCCACAUGCCCGAGAUGGCCCUGGUGCGGUUCCUGGUCUGGGACCACGACCCCAUCGGGAGGGACUUUGUGGGGCAGAGAACUGUGGCCUUCAGCAGCCUCGUGCCUGGCUAUCGCCACGUGUAUUUAGAAGGACUGACAGAAGCUUCCAUAUUUGUUCAUAUAAUCAUUAAUGAGACCUAUGGAAAGAGCAAGCAGCUGAUGGGGCUCCGAGGGCUGUUCUCCAAGGCGCCCAAGGCGGGCACUGCCGAGGCCGGCGGGCACCACGUGCGCAAACGCUCCAUCGGCGAGCGCAUCCUGCGGCGCACGGCCAGCGCCCCCGCCAAGGGCAGGAAGAAGAGCAAGAUGGGCUUCCCGGAGGCUGCCGACAUCAGGGACAGUGCCUCCGAGCCAGCUGACCUGAAGGACAAGGAAGGGGUGCUCCGGCGGCCCAACAGGACCUUGCAGGCACGUCCUGUCUCCAUGCCCGUGGACAGAUUCCUCAUGGUGGAGCUGCCCUGCCCUGCAGAGGACACUGCCCAGGAGGCCAAGGAAGAGGAAGACACAUCUGCCAACAGUGAUGACAAUACAAAUGAGAAGGAAACAAGCUUGAAAGAAUUGGUUUUUCCACAUUCCGAGCAAAAGGCAGAUGCUUCAAAUUUAACAUCUCAGUUCAAGAAGGAGAAUGACCAGAGGGAUUCCACAGCUGACUCUUUAGUACCAACUCCACAGGAGCAAACUGAACAUUUGGUUUUUGCAAAUGGUGUAGCUCAAGCAAAUCACCUCGUGGACUACCAGGAGAAUCAUCUUUCUGAUGGAGCUGUCCCCCUAAUGCAAGACUCUGACUCUGAACUUCCCACAGAAAAAUUACACCACAAAACCUGUGCAGACAGUAAAAAGGAAGAUGAUACAAAAGGAUCUAAAGAAGGACAAAUCAGUCUCAUGGGGACUUCUCCUUCUCAGAAAGCACAGGUGGAGAAUCACAAAUAUGACACGAAGAAAAGCACUGCAGCUCUUCUUUCUCUUUCUUCUGCCAUGUGCUCUGAGGGCCCUGACUGUCACUCCACGGGGAACCUGCAGGACAGUGACAUUUCUCACCUCAUUGAUGAAGUGUCUCUCUCGACUGAGAGCGAGCUGGACAGUGCUGUGUCUGCUCUCAUCGGGCAGCUCGAUGGCACAGAUGACCAAACCGCCCUUGCCCCUGUGUCCAGCCCCCCUGGCAGCAGCAGCCAGACCCCCAGGCUGGAGCCUGCACUCCCACACCUGUUUGCUGCAGACCUGAGCAGCCCCUGUAGGCACAACUUCAAUCCCACAAAAUCCAACAAAUCCCCUUCAGUCUCCACUCCGGACACAGCCAUGUUCUCCAGCCUGGAGGAUGCAGAGUAUUCCACGUACACAAUUAUCCACGAGGCAUCUCCAGCUUCUGAAUGUAUGAGCAACAGGGAAUUAAUCUGCAAGAAAAGAUUAAAUAGUCUGGAAAGCAUCUUGCCUGGCUCUUCUUGUUCUUCAUCCCUCUCUUUGCUAAAUGCAAAUCCCAAAAGGAAUUGUGCUACAAAAUCUGGACCAAGCUGGGAAGCCCCCGAGUCUGGCAGUUCUUUUGGUUCCAACAGCCUCAUCUUUGAGGAGGCGCUGGCCCCUGGCCCUGGGGAGCAGUCGGACAGCAGCAGCCUGCUGGAGGUGGAUGGGGACUGCCAGGAGCUCCCGGUGACCACCUGUGAGUACAGACGGGAGGACAUGAGCCAGCUGGCUUCUCCUCGGAGCCUGAGGCAGCAGCAGGACCCUGGGCACGCUGGGGACAGGACCUCUGGGAGCAUCUGCACUGCUGCCCAGCACUGCUCCGAGAGCUGCAGGGCUGCAGGGAGGCCGCUCCCUGUCCCUGUGUGUGACAGCACCGGCGCUGUGUGGCAGCAGCACAGGGCUGCAGUGUGUGUCCCCCAGCUCAGCCCAGCCUGCCCCCUGCUCCCGUUCCCCCCACGCCCGCCCAUCCAGCACAGCAGCCCCUGCAAGUCCAAGAGCCUGGGAGACCUCACCUCGGAGGACAUUUCCUGCAACUUCGAGAGCAAGUACCAGUACAUCAGCAGGAGCUUCAUCUCCUCGGGCCUGAGGGACAGCCAGGCGGGCGCCAUGCAGGGCGUGAGGCCGCACUCCACGGACGCGCUGACGGAGCAGCUGCGGAGGCUGCUGUCCCUGGAGCAGGAGGACAGCCGGGAGCCGCUGUGCCCCAGGCAGACGGAGCAGGACUGCCCCCGGGCCCUGGUGAGGAAACUCUCGUCCCGCAGCCAGAGCCGGGUGCGGAACAUCGCCAGCCGCGCCCGGGAGCGGCAGGAGGCGGCGGGCAAGCAGCGGCCGUGCGAGGGCAGCGGCGUGCCCGGCGUGGUGCUGCGGAACAAGGCCGGGGGACACGGCGUGAACCGGCACUCCACCGGCUCCUGCAUCGGCCGAUACCUGCACGGCUGCGCCGGGGAGCGCCGCGGUGUGCCCGAGGGCUCCUGCUCCGCGCUGCAGCACGGCUGUGGGGAGCUAAAACUGCAACACGGCUGUGGGGAGCUAAAACUGCAUCAGGGCUGUGGGGAACCGAAACUGCAGCACGGCCGUGGGGAGCUAAAACUACAGCACGGCUGUGGGGAACCAAAAGUGCAGCACGGCUGUGGGGAGCUGCAGCUGCCGGCCGGAGCCCCGGAGCAGCCCGAGAUCUAUUUUCUGCUCCGGCUGUGA